GAGUGGUUGUCUGGGGGGCUGUGAUUUUGGCUACAAAAACUGCCGCUCGCAAAAGGAGUUUUACUGCCUCUUUCGAGGAAAAUCGGUUGUUUUUAGCUAUAAUUCCGAUCAGUUCGUUGCAAUGGGGUCCGAUUUAGACGAUAGUAGUGAAAGUGGCACAGAAAUGUCCAAUGAAAGUACCGAACCAAAGAACAAAGAGCAACCCGAGCAGGGCGCACACAGCGAGAUCGUGGCCUCUCACUACAACAAGCUGGAGGAUCGAGGAUUAUUCGCGAGGAAAAAGUCCAACAUUUUCCACUUGCGGAACUUUAACAACUGGAUCAAGAGUGUGGUUAUCGAGGAGUACAGUAAUUUGAUCAAGCAACGAAUUCCCCUGGGAUCGCCCUUCCGAGUAUUGGAUAUGUGCUGCGGUAAAGGAGGCGAUCUUAUGAAGUGGAUCAGCGCUAAAGCGACCCAUCUGAUAUGCACGGAUAUCGCUCAAGUCAGUCUAGAGCACUGCGAAUCCCGGUAUAAUUCGACGAAUAAUCCGGAGAAAGAACGGCGCAAGGUGGAAUUCUUCGCCGCCGAUGCCACUCUUCAACAACUUCGCACGAAGUAUAAAGACCCAUCGAUGAGACUGCAUCUCGUCAGUUGCCAAUUCGCCUUCCAUUAUUCAUUCGAAUCCUACAAACAGGCAGACUGCAUGUUCAAGAACGCGGCGGAAUGUUUAGAUGAAGGAUUCUACUUUAUCGGCACGAUUCCCGAUGCAAACGAGAUCAUGAAGCGGCAGCGCUUGGCGAUGGCAGAUUCGUUCGGGAACGACAUUUACAACAUUACUUUUCAAUGCGACCCCAACAAUCCUCCGCUGUUCGGUGCCAAAUACAACUUUCAACUGGACGAGGUCGUGAAUUGUCCCGAAUUUUUGGUUCAUUUCCCAACCUUCGAGAAGCUCGCCCUCAAGCACGGCCUGCGGUUGAGGGAGAAGAAACGAUUUGACGAAAUAUUCGAUAAGUAUAAGGUACCUAGGAAAUUCCUGCUCGAGCGGAUGCAGGCGCUCGAAACAUAUCCUCAAUCAAGCGGUCGUGGAAUGCAGCAUAAUGAUGGACCACGGAAAGACGCCACACAGUACCGGCAUGCGGAGGAAUAUGAAAGGCAAUUAUCUGCCAACCAAUUCUUUAGGGUUGGAACGUUAUCGCAGAAAGAGUGGGAAGCUGCAACUUUAUAUUUGUUUUUUGCUUUUGAGAAAAUGAAGACUACCUACGAUGCCGUUGGAAAACCUAUCUAUUCAUGAAGAAGAUGGUGCUGGUUGAGUACUGAAAAGAACCGAUGGGAGAAUAGAUACAUCAAGACACUGAACAUGGAAUUCCUUGGUUUUAUUGGCGAAUUAUCCAGAUUUGUUCACAGAUAACGUCAUAUCGCUCUCGGUUGAUUAACAGAACAGCAGUAAAAAGUUCUACAAAAAGUUGCUUAACACUAAGUACGUAUGAAACCAU